GUUUGUGCUUCUUGGCUCUUUGCUCAUGCUGCUUCAUUUCAGUGUUGUUCCAUUAUAAAUCUCUCUGCUCUACUCUCUUUCCCAGACAGCUCCUUCCCAGUUCCCACUGCCUCAACAAUUUCCUCUAACCAACCAACCAACCAAUCUUGUCCUCACCCAAAUGCUAAUGAACAACAAAGAUUUCGUAAAUGGUGUGCAUCCCGUCGAUGGAGAUGAUGAUUUUGACGCAGGUAACUCACCUCCUUUCAAGAUUGCUCAGAUCCGAGCUGCCAUUCCUAAGCACUGCUGGGUCAAGAAUCCAUGGAGGUCUCUCAGCUAUAUUUUCAGGGAUGUUGUCGUCAUCCUUGCUCUAGCCGCAGCUGCACUCUACUUCAAUUCUUGGGCUGUAUGGCCGCUCUAUUGGGCUGCUCAGGGGACAAUGUUCUGGGCUAUCUUUGUUCUUGGUCAUGACUGUGGCCAUGGAAGCUUUUCUGAUACCCCCCUGCUAAAUGACGUGGUGGGGCAUCUCUUGCAUUCUUCAAUUCUUGUACCUUACCACGGAUGGAGAAUCAGCCACAGGACUCACCAUCAGAAUCAUGGAAAUGUGGAAAAGGAUGAAUCUUGGGUUCCGUUGCCUGAGAACAUCUACAAGAAUUUACCUUUAAGUACUCGGAUUAUGAGAUACACUGUGCCUCUCCCCAUGUUUGCGUAUCCUUUAUAUCUGUGGACAAGAAGUCCAGGGAAAGAAGGUUCACACUUCAAUCCCUACAGUAAUUUGUUUGCCCCUGAAGAGAGAAGAGCGGUGUCAACAUCAACUGUGUGUUGGACAAUAAUGGUUCUCCUGCUCCUCUAUUCAUGCUUUAUUUUUGGCCCUGCCCAAGUGUUUAAGCUAUAUGGAGUUCCAUAUUUGAUUUUUGUCAUGUGGCUGGACUUUGUUACAUACCUGCAUCACCAUGGAUGUGAGCAGAAACUUCCAUGGUAUCGUGGCAAGGAAUGGAGUUAUUUGCGUGGAGGGCUUACAACAGUUGAUCGUGAUUAUGGAUGGAUCAAUAACAUCCACCAUGAUAUUGGCACACAUGUUAUACAUCAUCUCUUUCCUCAAAUCCCACACUACCAUUUAGUAGAGGCGACAAAGGCUGCUAAGCCAGUGCUUGGAAAGUACUAUAGAGAGCCAAACAAAUCUGGACCAUUUCCAUUUCACUUGUUCAGAAACCUAGUAAAAAGCAUAAGAGAAGAUCACUAUGUGAGUGAUGAUGGAGAAGUCGUCUACUAUCAGACUGAUCCUAAUUUGCACAAAUCUGCUAAAAGAAAGUUAAGCUGAUUCUUUCUUUUAGAGCAUAUAUAGCCAGAACAAGGAGAAUACAGUUGGCCCAAGUCAUAACUAGAUGUCCUCAGUAGGAUGCUUUGUAGCUUGCUUUGAAGGAACUUAUAAAGCUACGGCGUUUGGUAAUAAUGUAUGGUUAUUUACUGAAAGUUGCAAGCCUUUUUCCUGCCAAA